GGUCAUCCUCCUCGUCCUCGUCCUCGUCGUCCUCGUCGUGGAGAUCGGGAUCGUGGUCGUCGUCGUCGUCAUCGUCGUCGUAGUAGUAGUGGUGAUCGUCCUCGUCGUGAUCGCCGUCGUCGUCGUCGUCGUCUCACCCCGAGAACGAGCGUCGAGCAGUGGCGCGCGUUCUCUCCUCUCUCUCUCCCAUUGCGUCGCGGACGAUCGAGCUCCCGCGAAGCGGCGCGCCGGGGGUGGGGGCCGAAACGAGAAGCCGGCCGCCGGUGGCGCGGGUCAGUCUGUCGGGCAACCGGUCGGUCGGUCGCUCGCUCUCUCGUUUCUCGCUCUGUCCGCGCUCUCCGCUCGACUCGACUCCACCGCAUAUCCGUACUACUCGCGCUUCGCAUCGCGCACGCAUCGCAACCACGUUCCUUCGUUCCUUCGUUCGUUUCGCGACGACGAGUGCGUGCAGAUCGAAAGAGAGAGAGAGAGGGAGAGAGAGGGAGAGAGCGUCUCGGAUCGGGUCCAAUUUUCGCUCGCCUCCGCGCACAUCCAGGUGGAUAUUCAGGGGGAUGCGCGCGCCUAACCUUUAACCCCGGACGUGGACGGGCCGGACGUGGCAGGACGUGGCGCGCGGCGAGUCGGUGACCUUGGCUAGGAAAAGGGAUAAUGCGGAGAAAGGAUCGUCGUUUACCUCUGCUCGGACGGAUCGAUCUCCUCCCGUUAGGACGACGUGUUCGUGUCACGGCGGAACAAGAGGUGUAACGGAGAAGACGGAGCGACGAGGAGGCGAGGGAGGAGGAGAGGAGGAGAGCAGGAGCGCGAGGUGAUGUUGCUGGAGUCGCGAGGUGGUCUCGCCGGUAGGAAGAGAAACGGAUUGACGGUGUCUUCGUUCGGUGGCGGAGGUGGCGGCGGUGGCGGCGGCGGCGGAGGCGGAGGCGGAGGUGCCGGCUGCGGCGGCAGCGAGGAGGACGACGAGGAAUCUCGACAUCUGUUUCUUGGAAGAAAAAUGCAGACCGAGGGAUCCGCCGCCUCCACCGCGGUCUCCACCGGUUUGUCACCGGGGUGUACGCGCGACGACGGCGACGAUAGUUCCACCCCUUCGCCCAACGCCAGCCUUCUCAACAAUUUGAACAACAAUUGCAACUCGAAUCGACAAUGCGCCACCGACUUUAGCAUCGCAGCCAUCAUGGCGCGCGACUCGAGGCAACAGCAACACCAACAACAGCCCCAACAACUCUCGCCCCAUCACUCGCAAACCUCGCCGUCUCAGCAGCAGCAGCAGCAGCAGCAACAACAACAGCAGCAGCAACAGCAACAGCAGCAACAACAAUCUCAUCAUCAUCGUCAGUUACAGCAACAGGCCGUCGGCGGUGGAAAAUUGCAUCAACACGAGAGGGAACCGAGCGUUUCUGGCGUGGUCCGGGGUAGUGGUGGCGGUACAGCUCCUCCCGCGCCGAUCCAGGAAGCGAUCCUGGCGGAAGACGAUCCAGAGACGGACGACGCCGGAAGUAGCAGCGGCAAAGUAGCUUCCCCCGUCAAUCCUCUCCUCCAAGAACGGUCCAACUGCGAAGAGCUUAGACACGUGGCGUGUCAUCUCGAAACGAAAGACUUGUGGGACAAAUUCAACGAGUUGGGCACCGAGAUGAUCAUCACGAAAACUGGCAGAAGGAUGUUCCCGACCUGCAGAGUGUCGUUCAACGGAUUGAAGCCGGACAGUCGAUACGCGGUGUUGAUGGACAUCGUCCCCGUGGAUAACAAGAGGUAUCGAUACGCGUAUCACCGAAGCUCCUGGCUGGUAGCGGGUAAGGCCGAUCCACCGGCACCGGCCCGCCUCUACGUGCAUCCCGAUUCCCCGUUCACGGGGGAACAGCUUCGAAAACAGGUGGUCUCGUUCGAGAAGGUCAAGUUGACCAACAACGACAUGGACAGGCACGGGCACUUGGUGUUGAACUCGAUGCACAAGUAUCAGCCGAGGAUCCACCUGGUGAAACGACCGGACUCGGGCACGGCCAAACCUAUAACGGAUCUCGAGAAGGAACCUCACAAGACCUUCAUAUUCCCAGAGGCGAUAUUCACCGCUGUCACCGCCUAUCAGAAUCAACUCAUCACCAAGCUGAAGAUCGACAGCAACCCGUUCGCCAAAGGGUUCCGUGACUCGUCCCGGCUCACCGAUUUCGAGAGCUUCCCUUUCAGGGAGACGAUGGAGUCGAUGCUCGCGGAGCAACAAUCGCUCAGGUUCCCCCAUCGGCUCCCGUUCGAGAUGGAUCAACUUCAAGCGACGGCGGUGAGCAAUCUGAGCCUGGAGGAGAAGGCGCUCUGGGCGGCGCGCUCUCAGAUGCUGUUACGGGCGGCUGCCGCGGUCGCUGUCAGCCCUUACGCCCAAUUGGUCGGCCCCGCGGCCCUCGUCUAUCCCGGCGCCUCGUCCGCCGGAACCAGCCACCAGCAGCAGCAGCACCAGCACCAACACCAGCAACACCAGCAACACCAGCAGCAGCAGCAGCAGCAGCAACUCGGCCACUUGUGGUGGGCCUCGUCGAUCGGGCCCACCCUCUUCGCAGCGGCGCAUCAUCACCAUCAGCAGCAACAGCAGCAGCAACAGCAACAGCAACAGCAACAGCAGCAGCAGCAAUUGGCCGCGGGAUCGAGCACGGGGCCAGCCGCUCCCCGGCCCCUCUACCCCUCCGCCUUGGCCCUGGCCCACCAUCGAUUCUCCCCGUACCACGCGGCCAAGUCGUCCGCCACCUCGUUGGGACCCUCGCUGUCCCCCUCGCCCUCCUCGCGCAGGGCCACCCCCUCGCCGACCGACAGCCUCGGAAGAGACGUUCGAGAUCUGUCGCCCUCGUAGUGUCCAUCCCGUCGUCCGUCGCUCUCCAUCUUUUUCCUCUCCUUCGCUCGAAGGAGGAGGUGGAGCGUCCGCGUACACGGUACACGGUCGUCGGUGUCGAAUCACCUCUGGAGAGGUACGCGACUACGUGCGUUUUUCGCGUCACGAUCGAUCGUAUGACGACCUUUACUGUAUAUAACUAUACAUAUAUAUAUAUAUAUAUACAUAUAUAUACACAUGUAUAUACAUAUGUAUAUAUACGUACGUAUGUGUGCAUAUGUAUAUACAUGUGCAUAUACGUAUACAUCACGCGCGUUAUACACCUACGAAAUCGACGAGAUCUUAUAGGUAUAUAAGACUAAUCGACUUUGUUCCGUUUGUGUAACAUAAGUUGUAUAUUUCGUAUCACGACUUAUCGUUAUCGUUAUCGUUAUUUAUGUUUCCAACUCCGUACUCCUUCCCCCUUGUACCAUUCUCGUGGCGGAGGGGAAACGCGCGUUCGAAAAGGAAAGCAAAAAAAAGAAAAAAAAAAAAGGCGUCUCUUCUCUCUCCGCCCGAGGCCGCCCCCUUCGCGAUAGCUCGAUCGCGACCACGAUUUCUCGAAAUCGUCGGCGAUUAGCGUUUAGCGUUAGAUAUCGUCGAUAUCGUUGAUGCUUGUGUUGCGAAGACGCAUAAAAAAAAAUAUCUGUGCCGUGCAAGCUGCUCCCUUGUAAAUAAACCCUGAAUAAAAAAACUCUUGUACCGAG